UUUGUUUUGUUUUUGUGUCUAAAUGGGGAGAGCUGAAGCGGGUUCGGACGAUGAGCCGCCGGAUGUUUGGAAAAUGCGCACUUUCGUCAACGGCGUCAGAGCGACGCAGAGUUCAAUCAGCGAGCGCAAAGUUUCGGGUUUGAACGGCCGCGUCACCCGAUCAAAGUCGCUUUUUGCGCCGGAUGGAGGAGCGAAAGACGGCGAGGAGGGCAACAACAACAACAACUGUAACGGAGGAGCGCGGAGGAGGAGCAGCGCCUCCUUCCAGCUGCGCGCGGACAGGUGGAUGCAGGACGGCGCGAGGCAGCCGGAAGAGGAGGACGGCGCGCCGGCGGGUGAUUUUAGCGCCGAGCGCGUCGAGUGCGCGGUUUACUGCGUCCACACCGACUUCCAGCGCUAUGACACGCCUGACCUCCAAGAGGAGGACGCGGGUUCGAGUCCCGAGCCGGAGCUUCACACGCUGGAGGAUCUGGCGGCUGUCGGAAGCGACUUCCGCCGCAGAGACGCAGACGAAGCCGACGGCGCUGCCGCGCGCUGCUGCCGCGUGUGUCUGGAGGAGAAAAGCUGCGCCGCGCUGCCCUGCUGCCGGAAGGUGGUGUGUGACGUCUGCCUGACGCUCUACGUCACCUCCCAAGUGCGACUGGCCAAACCGUACAUCAGGUGUCCAAUCCCAGAAUGCAGCGGGUUCCUGGAGGAGGGCGUGGUCAUUUCCCAUCUUGCCGAGGAGGACAUGAAAAAAUAUCACUACUUUCUGGAGCUGAGUCAGCUGGAUGCCAGAACCAAGCCAUGCCCCCAGUGCAGACACUUCACCUCGCUGAGGAAGCACAACCCAAAUCGCUCGGAACAGAAGUACAAGAUCCAGUGUAGUAACUGCCAGUUUGUAUGGUGCUUCAAAUGCCACGCCCCCUGGCACAUCGGGGUCAAAUGCAGCGACUACAGGAAAGGAGACAAGCUGCUCCGGUCCUGGGCCAGCGUCAUCGAGCACGGACAGCGAAACGCCCAGAAGUGCCCGCGGUGUAAGAUCCAUAUUCAGCGGACGGAGGGAUGCGACCACAUGACCUGCGCUCAGUGUAAUACGAAUUUCUGUUACCGCUGUGGCGAGCGCUACCGACACCUGAGGUUUUUUGGAGACCACACUUCGAACCUCAGCGUGUUUGGCUGCAAGUAUCGUUACCUACCUGAUAAACCUCACCUGAGACGCUUCGUCAGAGGCUCCAUCUGCGCCACGAAGUUGUUGAUCGCUCCAGUGGUCGUCUUGCUGCUUGUGGUGUUCGGCGCCAUUGCACUCGUCAUCGGUUUGGUCGUUUUUCCCGUCUACUACGUAUGUAAGAGGAGGAAGAAGCAGCGCGCUCAGGGAUCUGGACGGUGGAUCUGAGAGGGAAGACCUGCACCUGGACAUCAUGUCGACCACAACUGACUGGCAGUGCGCCUUCUCCCUCUGAAACGGAUGCAUCAACAUGAGUCAUUGCAAAAUCUGAGAAUUUUCAGGAAAUUUAUUAAAAAAAAAAAAAAAAAAA